CUCUUGCCGUCUUUCUGCCUGGAGCUGCUGCGCGCAGGGCGGUCGGCGGCGCUCCCGGCUCGUGGCGGAGACAAAGGCUGCCUCGGCGGCCCCGGAGGCGGGUGAGCCGGGCCGAGCCGGGCCGCUUCCUCCCCCGCCACCCCAUGGCUCCAGCCCGCCGAGCCGGCCCGCUCUCUUCCCUCCUCGCGCUAGCCGCGAUCGGGGCUCAGGCUGUGCCUGCCUUUUGCGUGAUCAUCUGCACCAGCCAUCAAGAAUGUUCCGAACAAGGCGCCAGCUGGACGAGCUUGUGGUACGUUUGGGUUAUCCUGCUCACUGUGUUCGUGCUCCUGAUGUGCGGGAUCGGAGCCAGCUGUGCCAAAUUCUGUUGCCGUACCAAGCAGCCACUGCGCCAGACCUUCCCGCCCCACGCGCAUGACCUCACCGUCAUCCCCAUGGAGCACGACAGCACUGCCCACAGCACAGUUACCUCCUAUAGCUCUCUCCAGUACCCACCCAACGUCUUGCUCUCAUUGCCUUACGGAGACCCGGACAGGAAUACGGCGUGUCCUCCGGCCUACAGCCUCUACGCCAUAGAAAUGCCCCCCUCCUACGACGAGGCCGUCCGAAUGUCCAAGUCCCAAGCCGAGACACCCUCGCUGGGCCAGAAACCGGACAGCGGUGCCCGUGAACCAGCAGCGUCGCCGAGGGAGCAGCACGAAGCUCCCACGUUGCCCGAAACAUCCGAAGACAGCCCCAUGGAAGUGCAGGAGAGCCCAGGGGGUGCAUCUACUUCCUCCCCCUAGUGGUCUCUUAGAUAGGGGAAGAGGAGAACAUGGACAUUGGAUCCUCUGCCUUCGCUUUGAGGGACCUCCACCAGCAUCACCACUUCUGAGAAGGUGCCAUUGGACAUUUUGAGAGGACGGAAACAAGAUGCUGUCCGUGUCUGAAUUAUCCAAGGUGAAACAUAAAAGCUUUUGGGGUCACAAGACCACCCCCUUAGAGGCUAGCCGCCUUGAGCGCAUUGGAUUAGCAGAAAACAGCUGGCUGAUGGGGGCCGAAGGGUCUCCAUCCCGCACCCUGCCGUUGGGGCAGAAAAAAAAAAAAAAACCGAGAGCAAAUACAGAUUAAUCUCUCUUUCUUGUGGGAAGACUGGAUUUUCUAGCAAAUUGCUGAAAUACGGGAUUCGUUGCUGUGUAACGGCCAAGCUUGGACCCAGAGCUGGGUUGUUUUGUUUUGUUUUUUAAAUUUUUCCUACGAUAGACUGGGGCAAUAUUGUCACGGUACCGAGGUGGAAACUCUUGCGGAAAAACCAAAGUCCUUUUGUUUUCUCUCGAAUCAAAACCGGAAUCUGGUUUCUCGCUUCCGGCGCCCCUGAUUCCUUCGUCUCCUCCGAGGACAUAUUUCUGCGUCCAGUUGGGAUGUCAACCCUGCGUUGGGAUAUUUGCCUUCCAGCUGCGGAUUUACAGAACGACGCUGUCUUUUUUGCCAAGAAACCUUUGAUUUCCUUAUUUUGCAUCUUAGCAGGAUUCUGCUGGGCCACGAAGCGUUUUGUAUUUUAGGUAUUCGUCUUAAAAAUGUUUAUGUUUAUAUGUGUUGUAUAUAGAAGAUCAAUAUAUUGGGAGAAGGCUUAUAUAAAAACUCCCCUGAUCAGUUUUUCCCCAUUGAUCUGAUUCCUGGCAGAAAAUUUUGGAACAAAUCUGAAUUGGUUUCUAAUACUCGUAACCUUUAAGGAA